CCGCCCUCGGGGCCGCCCCGCCGGGAGCCUCCGCGGGCUGCCCCGACCCGACCCGCUCCGCGUCUCCGCCGCCGGCCGCGCUGCAGGUUCAACAGUGUGACCACUCGAUCUAUACACUCACAGCAAAGCCUCCAUCUGUCUCAUGGAUUAUAGAUCUAAAUUGAUGGCUUCAGUAGCAGAUGCCCGAUACAGAAACAAAGAUGCUUCGGACCAAAAUUUUGAUUACAUGUUCAAACUCCUAAUCAUUGGCAACAGCAGCGUGGGUAAAACCUCCUUCCUCUUCAGAUAUGCCGAUGACACUUUCACUCCAGCCUUUGUGAGCACAGUCGGCAUUGACUUCAAAGUGAAAACGGUUUGUAGGAACGACAAGCGAGUAAAACUGCAGAUUUGGCAGAUCUUCCAUUCAGGAGAAGUAUCAGCGGGUCCUGCGUUCCAGAGCUUCCUGCUCCUUGUUAAGGAAUCGGAUACUGCCGGACAAGAAAGAUACAGGACCAUCACCACAGCCUAUUAUCGAGGAGCAAUGGGGUUCAUCCUCAUGUAUGAUAUCACCAAUGAGGAUUCGUUCAAUGCAGUGCAAGACUGGGCUACUCAGAUCAAGACCUAUUCUUGGGAUAAUGCACAAGUCAUUUUGGUUGGAAACAAGUGUGACAUGGAGGAUGAAAGAAUUGUUCCUCUGGAGAAGGGGAAACAUCUGGCCAAUCAGUUAGGUUUUGAUUAUUUUGAAGCCAGUGCCAAAGAGAACAUCAAUGUGAGGCAGGUCUUUGAGCGCCUAGUGGACGUCAUAUGUGAAAAGAUGUCAGAGAGUAUAGAUUCUGACCCUUCCCGAGGCUAUUCUGGGAACAACAUGCGACUCACAGACAACCUGCCCCCUGUGCAGCAGCCCUGUUCCUGCUAGUGACCUUUCUGUCUGAGAAAUCUCUCUCCACCCCCCCACCUUUUCUGAACACGUGUUAUCUGUUCACAUGUGAUGGUGUAUUAUGUAGUCUAAAGACAGAAACUUUGUGGGAAAAUGGAUGUGUUUGUGAAAUGUCCUGGAAAGUCUCAUACUUUCUAUUUUUUUUAUAUAUAUAUAGAUAUAUAUAUAGAUAUAUUGUAUGCAUCUAAAAUGUGAAAAAUAAUAAAUAUUGCAAGUGUACCUAG